AUAGGAUACAGAUCAAGGUAUUGAUGAUUCCAUUAUUCCAAUUGUUGAUCAAAUCAGGCUCUGGAGUCUGGCUACUGUAAAAUUAAUUUUUUUUCGUGAAUGAUCGAAUUUCACAAGUAUUACAAAUCCUUUAAAUCAUUAUAAAUGGAAAAUAAUGGUAUGCGUAUUCAUUUGUCAUACGAAGAAGAUGAUAAAAAAAAAGAAGACUGCAAUAAAGAAGACUGCAAUGAAGAAGAAAGUAGUCGUAUUUUAGAAUUAAGAGCUAUUAAGGAGUCUAUCUUAAGCCGUUUCACUCCUAAAGUUACAAAAUCAGUAACUUUAAUCAUUGAUGAGCUGCUGUGUGAAACUAUAUUUAAUAUUCAUAAGGAAUUAAAAUUAAGGGUUCUUGAUCCAAGACGAUUUGAUUCUAAUUACAGAAGUCAUUGUCAUACUCCAACCUUAGUACAUAUGGCCGAACAUUUGAAUAUCACUAAACCAACUCAGGAAGUUGAUUGUCCCAAAUGUUUUGUACCAGUGAAGUGUCUUUUAUUAUCUAAGCAUUUAGCAUUGUGUAUGAAUCCUCACCAAAGCACUUAUUCUUAUAGUAGUAGAAAUAGUUCUCGAAUAGCUCGACAGCGUAUACAGGAAGGUUUUAAGACCUCUUAUGACGAAUCUAAAAAUGAUAUUGAUGAUGAACAAGUUAAACCAAAAAGGCGUAGCAAUAAAGGAAAAAAGUCCACAUUCAAAGGCAUAAGGUAAAAUUACCUUUUUAGUUUAAAAGGGUUAAACAAUUAUCAGAAAUCUGUCAAGUUAUUGGUAUAUGACGUGAUAAUCAUAAACAUGUAUCGUACAAUAUCAUGUAUAUUAUUCCCACAAGUUAUGACUGCAAUUGUGUGGUAAUAUUUUUUUUUACAUUCCGAGAGUAUGAAAAAAUUAUUUAUACAUCAAGCUAUUGAAUAUUUAAGAACAAUAUGAAAUAUUUAAAUAUAAAUCAACAUUAAAAUUUCAAAUCAAAAGUUCGAAACUUGUUUUUUUAUUCAAAUAUAUUCAAUCUGUUUUACAAUAAAAAUCAAUUAGUAAUAAGGAUAACAAUAUAGAAGAUAUUAACGUGAAGAAGAGGAGACCUUUCAUUAACAGAACUUCAGAAUUGUUUUUCCCCCUAUUUUAGGAGAUCUCUUGGCCAAAGUUCAGAACUUAGAAUACAAAUAAUUGUUUAUUUUAUAACUAGGCACACAUUUUUGUAAUUUUUUUUAAUGUAUUAUACUGACUAUUUUGUAUUCAUAAGAUGAAUAUUAUAAUAAUUAAAUUUAUUUUAACCAAUUUACACAUAAAAUAACUCGUGUUAGAGACACAUUAACUGUACCUGUUUUAUUCAUGUAUUACAAAUAAUAGGUAUUUAUUGUUAUAUUUUUGUUGAAUAUACAAUAUAUAACAUGUAAUA